UCCCCGCCCUGAAUCCUUACAGGUAGAUACAGGUGAGUAUUGAGCUGAACACAGAGGAGAAGACACCUUCCAGACAGAGGUUUGAAUCCUGUUUAUCGAGCAGCAGUAAAGAGUGGAUAUCCGGCUAACAUGGGGUUGACAUCUCACCCUGUUCUCCUCUGCCUCUUCUGCGUGAGCCUGGUCAGCCUGGCAACAGGUAAACACAAUAAUGAAGACCACAAUGAGAUGUCAGGCAAGUGCCAUGGAUGGGAAGUGGAUCUGAGACUCAACCUGAGUGAUUCAGGAAACAUCAGUGAAUGCCUUCGAGAUCUGGGGGACAAACUCAAUCUCCUGAGUCCAGGCUGUGUCAAAUCCUUCAGCCUGAAUAUCACUCUUUCGAAUCUGAAGUACCUGAUGAAGGCUUUGGUUGAAAGAUAUGAUGACCUAAUCCCUGGUACCAGGAAACAAGUUUACAACUGGGUGAAGUCUAUCUACCAGGAAGAAAAUGGUCCCUCUAGACCUGUUGAGCAUGGGAAACCAGAGGAAACUGACAAAUCCAAAAAGAACAAGGACAAAGGUCAAGGUGGAAAAGAUAAAGGCAACUGGAUCACUUUGGAAGUUCUUCUGCUACUCGAUCGCUUCAUUAUCCAAGCUCCGAGCUCCACCUUGAAGGGCCUGGGAGGAGAUCAUAACAGCACGAUUUGUCAGUUUUUCAACAGCUCCUCUGACCUGUUGGACAGGCUGCAUCACCUCACACCAGUGCAAGCCCAAAUACUGCUGAAAGGACUUAAUCAAUGCACCAAUGUGGACAUCAAGGAUCCUAAAUUUUUCGAUAGGCUCGGUCAGUUGGUGUGUUUUUAUCCUAAAAAAGACUUGAAAUCUCCUAACGAUAACUUCAUGUUCGCUUUAGUGAAAUCGCUGGAGAACUGCAGCAAUAAUGUGCAGGGGAUCUUACAGAGACUGGUGAAGGACACAAAUGUUGAGACGCUGACCCCGGAGAAAAUAGACAAACUGGGAGAAGCCUUGACCGAAUUAACAGUCAGCCAAGUGUCCAGUAUGAGCAAUGAUACUGUGAAUCAAACCGUUCUUUCUCUGGGUAAAAUCAAAAAGUGGUCUCGUGGUCAACGCAAAAUUCUGAUCAGAAAGAUCAAGUCACUUCACGAUACGUUCACAGCCAAGGAUUUGAAGCAACUGAACUCCUUGAUGGCCGGCCUCAACACAAUGGAUUUUGAGAAAAUGAACGGGAGCGAACUACUGGAUACCAUGGAAGAUAAAGCUGUGGCUGAGUCAUCCAAGGAGCUGGAAUCAUUGCAGAAGCGGUCGAUCGUGAACUCUAUCUUGAGGUCCGUAAAAGUCAGCUCGGCUCUGCAGAAACUUCCCGAGUCUCUCAUUUCUGAGGUGCCACUCAACGAACUGCAAAACGCUGGUGACGAUGUCGUCACGUUGGACUUCCUGAGUCAGAGCAAACCGUGGAAAACUGGCCAGGCCAUCGCACUGAUUAGUCAUAUUAAGGACAAACUCAAUAACAUGGAGAACAUUGGUAAACUGAAGGAUGCAGUGAAAGGAAUUGGGUGCAAGCUGAUCAGCUCGCUGAAGGCUGAGGUGGUGAGGAGUCUGGCAAGGAAUCCACGAGCAAUGGCUGAGCAGAUCCGAUGCUCUGCUGCCAGGUUCUUCAAGGUUCAGAAGUCGGCAAAUCCAGAUUAUUUCAGCAGUUUGACUGCGGACAAAAUCGAACAGUUGCCUGCCCCCUACCUGCUCUUUGAGCCGUCUAUAGAUGACUUGAACCUUAUCCCACAAGCUUUAUGCUCGAAUGUGUUGGAGCUGCUGAGCCAGACUAACAUCACAGUGCUUCCCCGUGUCGCAGCGAGGCGCACAGCUCUCCUCGGUUAUGCCAAGGAUUGCUUGAAAAUGACAGCCUCCUCACUGACGGAGGAUCAGGGCAACAGCCUAGGACCCCUGGUCUGUGCGUUCUCCGCGGAUGAGGUCAAGAACAUUAAUGACGCAGUCUUCCCAGAGAUCAUGGACCAGCUCCGCCAAUGUGGCCGGUUUGAGGGGAAGAAGAAAGAGGCACUUAGAAACAAGAUCAUCUCAAUCUAUUCAUCUCCCGCGGAUUGGACGGUUGAUACCCUGAGCCAGCUGGGCAGUCUGCUCGAGGUGCUAAACAAGGAUGACAUCAAAUUGAUCCCCAACAAUGAGUAUACCACAGCUGUAUUUCAGCAGCUCCUUGACUCUCACACCCCACCUCAGGGAUUUAUAAUUUCCGACUUUAACAAUACCGCUGACUUCUCUCUACUUUACGAGAAGUUCUUCAUUCUUCAGAAGGAUUCCCAGGAUAGCAAGAGGAGGCGCAGGGAGACAGAAUGUGCUUAUCGCCCGACCGUAGAGCAGAUACUGAACCUUGGCCAGUCAAACAGCUUCUGGACUGCUGAGCAGCUGGCUUGUAUGAAACCUCAGACCUUCAUAGACUCAGUAGAAAUGCUGACGGACAUUCCAACCCUCAGCGAUGAGCAGCUGAAAGCUUUAAAAUCCAUAGCUGUGAAGGCUUACGGCUCAAGCCUCACAAACGACCAGCUUGCCUCCCUGAAGAAGAUCACACUGUUCUUCACUGAAGAUGAAGUCAAGCAACAUUUCAAAAACAUUGACACUGACACCAUUGGAGCAAUUUCGGAGUACAAGGAAUGGGCGACUGACAAUUAUUCGUCUCGAGCCAAGUUUAUUGUGGAGGAGCUGUUGGCUGGUCAAGGAGUGGAGACUCUGAGCAGCACUCAGCUGAGCAGCCUGGGCUAUUUCAUCUGUACCUUGAACCUGACCCAAAUCCGCAAAAUUAAUGUGACAUCUUUCAGGUCUUCUGCCAGGGACAUUGGGGAGAACAUGUGCCCCAACGUAAUCACACUUUCUGCUUUGAAGGACAAGGCAGUGGAGGCAUUUAUCCCUGUGAAAGAGUGGACGGGUGCUGAGCUUCAGGAGAUUGGAACAAUAGCAGCCGGAGUCAGUGCCGAAGAAAUGGCUGAACUUUCAACCUCGUCGGUGAUGUUCCUGACACCACAGUCCAUUGUCCUCAUGCCUCCCAAGGUGUUAUCAGCAAUGUCAGUGGAGCAAAUCAAAAACUUGGGAGUACGAAACUCUGCCAGUGUGACUGCAGCCCAGAAGCGGGCGCUUUCAUCGAAUCAGCUGAAAGCCUUGAAUGAGAAUAUUCAAAUUAAAGGAGGUGCAGGUUCUGUUCAGCCUUUGUUGGCGACUCUCUUAGCGUUAGUCCUGACUGGUGUAUUUUAUUAGAAGGUCCAAAGGGGGAAAUCAGAAGAGACACAGAUGUCACACACAGCACUGGAUGACGUUUACUGGUGGGGUUGAAAUGAUGGUAUAAAACUGUGUAAAUCUAUGUGUCUAGUAAGACUGAAACAGUGAACUGCAAAGUAAAAAUUGCCAAUAAGGCAUUUUGCCACAUCCCUUUAAUGCCUCUAACUAUUCAACUCUCUUGUCUAUCUGCGGCAAAGCAGAAAUGGGGAAGCUAAUGGAUCGUGUGUGAGACCUUGAGUUCUGUUAAAUGGAAAUUAAUUUGGGAAAAGAGACAAGAAUUGGGACCAGGAAAGUUGGUAUAAUUGGAGUCAAUACGAAUGGUGCCGGACAUGUAUAUUUCUAUGGUUCUUUUCUGUUUGCAAUGUAACAAAUUUACAGUAAAGUUUUUCUUGUGGGAUGUUUUAA